AUGGCUUUUCAUAUCCAAUCUCCAGCCUCUGUCUUAACUCUUUUGCUCAUCACUUUGGCAUCCAUGAGUGGCAACACAAUGGUGGCUGAGGCUAGGCAUCUUCUUGAUAUAACUCUGCCUGAUAUUCCAUCGUCACUUCCUCAUUUUCCGACGGUUCCGGAGCUACCGGAGGUCCCUAAAGUUGAAGUGCCCCACAUCCCAAGUUUUCCAGAGCCACAAAUCCCUAGUUUUCCAGUGCCACACAUCCCAAGUUUUCCUGAGCCGUGGGAGGUUCCUAGAGUUAAAGGGCCCUAUGUCCCAAGUUUUGGAGAGCCGCAUGAGGUUCCUAAAAUUGAAGUGCCUCACAUCCCAAGUUUUCCAGAGCCGAACAUCCCCAGUUUUCCAGAGCCGCAGGAGAUUCCUAAAGUUGAAGUGCCCCACAUCCCAAGUUUUCCGGAGCAGCCUGAGAUUCCUAAAGUGGAAAUUCCGAAGUUACCUGAAUUGCCUGCCUUCCCUGGUUUGCCAGAGCCGCUGAAGAUCCCAACUCUGAAGCCUUGA